UUGGGAUCCUGCGGUGGAUGAGCAGUUUGGAGAUCUUCAGAGCCGCUCCAGUGGAUGAGGAACACUCAACAGGACUGUUCUCCUGCUGAAGAGAAAACUCUAUUAGAAUGACUCAGGUUUUAUCCAGUUUCACUGGGUUUUUUAGCUUCAGAGGGCUGAAAGCUGUUGUUCUGAUGCUGGUCGUGAGUGUGCUGGUGUUGGUCAUAUAUUUGUCAUUUUUCACGGUUCGAAUGGAACAUAAGAAAUUAAGAGACACCGUGCUCAGGCGGAGACAGCAGAUGCAAAGUUCUCUAGAGGAAGAGCUCUCUUUUGAAGAAAAUACUAUAGAGCACAAACAACAACCGUGGAAACCUGAGUAUCUAGGCCAAGUCAACCUGCACGCGUGGGAAGACUGGUGUGGAAUAUCCGUCAAUCAGCUGAGGAAGAACGUCCUGUUCCCUGUGUUUCCACACACACGGACCACCAUAAACAGACUAGCAACAUAUCCCAGAUGGAACAAUUACGGGCUGAGGAUCUUUGGCUACAUUCAUCCUGCAUCAAGUGGUCAGUAUAUUUUUGCGAUUUCCUCUGAUAAGAACUCUGAAUUCUGGCUGAGUUUAAAUGAAGAGCCUCAAAACAUCCGACUCGUGGCUUAUGUUGGCAGGUCAGGUACUGAAUGGUCCAAUCCAGGAGAAUAUGGGAAAUUUGCCUCUCAGAAAUCACUGCCUGUAAUGCUUCUGAAAGAAAAUCGGUACUUUUUUGAAGUUCUCUAUAAACACAGUGAAGGAGGGCUGGAUCACCUUGAAGUUGCAUGGCGUCUAAACCAAAGAAACAGCACUUUUGCUGUUAUUACCUCUGAGUACCUGUCUCUCUAUGUCAAUGAAUCCUUGUUACUGGUGGAGGAAACAGACCACAUCCCCCAAACCAUAGCCAGUCAUGAGAUGAAGGCUGAGCUCAUCCCCAAGCAGCCCUUCCCUGUAGUAGACAUGGCCAGAGAAGACCCGCGGGACUCCAUCUACAACAUACCACUGUUGAACCACUCCACGCUGAAAAACGUCUUUACUGAAUGCGAUUACAAGCCUCUGAACAUAUUCGGUGGAGACAAAAUUCAACGAUUCCAUGGAAUAUAUUAUGUUCACUACUCUGCAGUUUACCCAAAUGACUACACAAGACAGACGCAUACAGACAGUGAUGAGAUGUGCUUUUACAACAAGGAUUCGCAGUUUAGUUCAGGAGGUGGGUCUCUUCAGUAUCUGAAAAUCGAGGAUCCGCCCACAGGAGAAGGAGGGGAGAAAGUGGAGAAGCCUGAUCCAUACUGGGAGAGACCUGUCAACGUAAAUCCUAUAGACUUCCAUUCCAAGCAGACCACUGUGGUCACCAAGGUCUGCAAGAGAGCUGGAAACGUCAUCAUGGAUGAGGAAGAGGUCAUGGAUGUGGUUGAAGCCUUCAUGAAUAAACUACAGACAGCAGAAAGCACCAGUGAUCUGGUGCUGAAGCGAGUACUGAAUGUGGAGAGGAGGGUGGAUGGUGAAGCGGGCACUCGCUACCUGUUGGAGCUGGAGUUGGAAGAUGAAGAGGGGGACACCAGGCUGAUGUCUCAACACUUUUUCGUAAACCCACAAAAAGAAGAGAAUCUGCAGUCACGAGGGUUAAUGUCUCUUUGCCACAUAAAAGACUUCAGCUGGGACCCGACGGUCAGAGUCAACGUCAUUCUUACAGUGAAAAACCAAGGCCGGUGGAUCAUUCAGUUCAUCAGACAGAUGGAAAAAAUUUACAAAGCUACAGGAGACGAAAACUUCAACGUCAUCAUCAUCGAUUACAGCAGUAGUGACGUUAACAUACAGAAAGCACUGAAAAAGGCAAAACUCUCAAGCUACCAGUACAAGAGGCUGGAAGGAACUUUUCUUAAAACAACGGCAAUUCAAACAGCAAUUGACCUCAUUAAUGAUGAGAACAGUAUUUUGUUCAUGUGUGAUCUGCAUCUCAAUUUUCCCACAAAUAUCAUCGACAGUGUGCGUAAACACACCAUACAGGGGAAAAUGAUCUUCGCUCCGGCUGUGAUGAGGCUGGACUGUGGAGCUUCAUUACUAGCUCCCACAGGAUUCUGGGAAAUCGAUGGCUAUGGUCUGAUAGGGAUCUAUAAAUCAGACAUGGACCAAAUUGGAGGCAUGAACACUAAAGACUUCAAAGACAAGUGGGGAGGAGAGGACUGGGAAUUGUUGGACAGAAUCCUGGAGGCAAAGCUGGAGGUGGAGCGACUGAACCUCAGGAACUUUGUGCACUACUUCCAUACCAAACGAGGAAUGUGGAAUAGUUAAUUUAAUCACUGUGAACAAUGAACAAAUGCUUGAACAAUGGACUUAUUUUUCUUCUCAGUCUGAGAAAUGACUUUUAUGUAAAAAUACAACGUUUUAAUAAUCAUUAAGUACUGUAAAUUA